AUGCAAGAAGGAAGUUUGAGCUUAAUGCAAAUGGAUAAAAUAUCUUCUGCUUUAUAUAAUCAUCAAAUCAAUCAAAAGUUACUCUAUGUAGCGAUACUUAUAUCGCCUACUACUGGUGGGGUAACAACUAGUUUUGGGAUGUUGGGGGAUAUCAUUAUUGUCGAACCAAAAUCUUACCUUGCAUUUGCGGGCUUAUUGGAUUCAAUCGUAUCACGUGAUUCUUUAAAGCACUUUUUAAGUGAGUUAUUUAAGUUCCAUGGUUGCUUUCCUUGGAUUGAAAAUGAAAACUAA